AUGCACGCUUUCUCUAUUCUUACCAUCGGAAUCUUCGUUGCAGGAUACUCGACUGCUCGUUGGGAUCUUGUGACACGCAUCUACGAGUUGGCGAUAUUUGCCUGGGAUCACGGAGUGGUGACAAGGACUGCCAAGGGUUUCGCACUGCUCUCCCUGCUGUUCUUCCUCUUCAUACUGCCAAUUGUGCGCAUCGCAACACAGGAGACGGACCUGCACCCGCGACUUGCAGGCACCGGCAUCUCUGCACGCGAACAGCUCAAACGUCGCGACGCUCCCAGGGACUCUGCGCCGGGUGUUCUGGUGGGCUUCAGAAACUCAAAGUCGGAUGUCUUUGUCGUCGGUGUGCUACAAGACGUCGAGUUGCGCCAGGUCGAGAAUGCACUGCUUGUGGGAACCUUGCUGCGACACAGCCCCCACGAUAUCCAAGAACUACUGCAGCGAUGUGGACACUCCUCUGUGCGCGCAUUGGGUUCCGUUAAUACCAAGAGGCCAGCCGAUCAGUCUGGCGCCGACCUGCUCACAGUCCAUACCGACCCUUCGCUCCGCUUCCCGCGCCUUCACCACCCCGACGAUGCCCUCAUAACCAUGCAAGUCAUCGUCUACGACCGACCGCACCCAACGCGUAUGCAAUACCUCUCACUCAAGCCCAUCACGCUGGCUCUGGGGGACAAGACAAAGGUCGCAGAAUGGGACGUGGCUUCCGAAGAGCUAGAACGAGCAGAAGAGAGGGAACGUAAGAGGAAAGCACACCUUGUCGAAAAGCUGGAGCUACACAGAGUGAUUGCACAUCCUCGCACACAGAAAGAGCUGGCGUUGCCCAUGAUCAUUGAGCAGGUGAACUGUUCGUACGAACUCAACUCUCUGCUGCAGAAGAAUAUUGGCAUGAUUGGCAGACGCAUGAAGCGAGCUCUGAGUGUCAGUGAGCGCGUCGUUGAGUCGGCCAACGAUCUCUGGGAUUACAUCUGGCUUGUACUCCACUAUGCAUUCAGAGUCUGGAUAUGGCCCAUAGCUGCGCAGUUGUUCAUCUUUGGGCUGAUUACACACCGUAUAAUGGGCGAGGCAGUUCUUCAGGUUCUGCAUUGGCGGCCAGGCUCUUCUGACUCGCCAGCCCUGAAAGACAUCUCUGCAACAGCACAGCAGAUCGACAUUAGAUUGCAACAGUCUUGCUACUGGCCCAUCCAGUAUCUCACCUUGCGCAGAAGGAAGAUCAAUUGGGAAAGCAUCACCAACAGUCACCCAGAAUACAUCAGAUUCUACAAUAGCCUUUGGCUGGUUGCGAAUGAUGUCAUAAUGGGCAUCGCUGUCGGAACAUUCAUCAUCGAGAAUGCUUCAUUUGUGGCGGCUCAAGUCGAUACCAUUUUCAGCACCUGGUCGGUCGACGGACUACGGCGUAUGAUAUCGUGGCUCAUGGGUUGGCCUGGAGGUUUGAAGUUGAACACUGAGUUGGCUGCAUUCCUUGGCGACCUGUUUCUGUGGGUUAUCGACUACUGGGCUGGCUGCAUAUCUCUCUUGCGACCAAAUCUGCCUGCGCUCGUCCAGAUCAUCGGCUUUUCAGCUUUUGCUGGCGCCACUAUGCCCAUCUCAAUCUUUUCAGAUCUCGUCUCACUAUUGACGUUGCAUAUUUACUCAUUCUACGUCGCAUCUGCUCGCAUCUUCCAUUGGCAGCUAACUAUCAUCAUAUCGCUCUUUCACCUCUUCCGUGGAAAAAAGCGCAAUAUUCUCCGUAAUCGGAUCGACUCAUGCGACUACGACUUGGACCAGCUGUUACUUGGGACAAUUCUUUUCACACUACAAUUCUUUCUACUGCCGACAGUGUUCGUCUUCUACCUGACAUUCGCAAGCGCACGUAUUGCAGUCAUUGGCCUGAAGGCCGCGUUGGAGAUGGGUUUGGCAUGCCUGAAUCACUUCCCGCUCUUCGCAGUCAUGCUCCGGCUCAAGGAUCCCGGACGACUGCCCGGAGGGAUAUGUUUCGAGCUUCAAAAUACUACCGAUGCUAGCUCUAACACGGCAGGCUCGGUACACUCACCUCCCACUGCCUACGUGCUGCUAAAAUCAAUCCCAUUAUCUCUUCGUGCCAUGUUCCAACCUUACUUUGACCUCGGCGAUCGCAUACGCAAGCACUACUUCUCGCCUAGUGUCUUGCUGUGUCUAGUUUCCGGACAAUUUGUUCCACCUAUUCACCGCCGCAACCUGUAUAGCUUACAGUACAGCAUGUUACCCGCAAAAAGGGCAAGCAUAGGCGAAUUGUGGAGAAAGUUGACUGAAAGCAAUGGGAGAACAUCAUCACACGAGCUGAACGGAUUCGACCCUUCUUCGUUCUUGCUCGUUCGUGUGGGCUGUGAUGCCUCUCAACAAGACUUCCUACUCCAUGAAGGCAUUCUUUGUGCACGUUCAGAGUUCUUCCGCCGCGCUCUAAAUGGUAACUGGAUUGAAAAGAAGGAACGACUUGUCAAGCUACCCGAAGACGAUCCCCAGACUUUCGCAUUCUACGUCAGCUUCAUCUACACCAAUGUGAUGUUCGACGCUACAGCCCUCCAAACCAUGACAACGUACGAGUUCCAAGCACAUAUCCUAGCUGUUGUCAAAUUCUACGUCCUGGCCGAAAAGCUGAAAGACAGGCAAGCCAAGAACGAGGCCUUGCGGAUCGUGCUCAGCGACACUGCAGAGCGAUCGUUCGCUGACAGUCUACCUAAUGCCGAAAUUGUUCAGUUCAUGUACAACAACACCCUACAAGGUAGCCUUGGACGACGUCUCAUGGUCGAUCUCUGGAAUGACGUACACGCAGAGAGCAUCAUUGAGCAACGUGAGGGCAUCUGCAAGGAGUUCUUUGUUGAUCUCGCCCAUGCACUCCUUGGUGAACGUCCUUCGCGAAAGCGGAACGGGGCUCUGUCCUAUGGAGCCAAGGAGUAUUGCGAGGGGCUGUGA